CGGGGACUUUGAUGGGCAUUCGAAACGGGUUUUGAGCUGUUGUUUUAAGCCAACAAGACCCUUUCGCAUUGUCACAUGCGCUGAGGAUUUCCUGGUAAAUUUCUAUGAAGGGCCUCCUUUCAAAUUCAAGCAGUCUCACAGAUGGGAGUAAGUUUAUCACUGUAAGCUCAGAUAAGAAGGGUCUUAUUUUUGAUGGGAAGACUGCGGAGAAGAUUGGAGAGCUUUCAUCGAAAGAUAGCCACAAAGGCAGCAUUUAUGCUCUUAGCUGGAGUCCUGAUGGCAAACAGAUUUUGACUGUGUCCGCUGACAAGUCGGCGAAAGUAUGGGAUAUAUGUGAGGAUGGUAAUGGGAAGGUGAAUUAAACAUUGACAUGUCCUGGAUCAGGUGGAGUGGAUGACAUGCUUGUUGGUGGCCUAUGGCAGAAUGAUCAUAUAGUUACUGUUUCACUUGGUGUUGAUCAGGAAAGGGGUGAGGAAGAGCCUCCGCAGACGAGAGAGGAGAGUAGGGAUCGAUUGGCGGUGAGGUUGGUUCGGGCUGAGAUGGGCGCGAACCCAGUCGACUAGUGCUCGAACCCAUUUCAAAAAGAAGAAGACGAAAGCUUCAGAAAUGAAUAAAGAGAUUGAGAUUGAUGAUAAUGGAAGCACGACCUAACUAAGAAAGAAGGGUCAGAGAGAGAGAGACAGAGACAGGAUCUAAAAAGAAAAAUCUGACAUUGAGGGUAUUUGAGGAAGUGCAAAAAAUGUUGUGUUGAAAUAUUAUUAAAAAAGUGAAGGGGUGUGUAGUUUGCAAA